GCGCAGAGUUGGGAUAUGGCUGGCGGAGAGGGCAGCAACAGUAGAAGCAGCAGCAGAAGCAGGGACAUGUUUGAGUAAAAAUCUUCGUUGUUUUCUCUCAGGAGCAGCUUUAAAUCUCCGCGUUAAUGAUGGGACAGUGUGGAAUUACGUCCUCGAAGACGGUCCUGGUCUUCCUAAACCUGAUAUUUUGGGCCGCUGCUGGCAUCCUUUGCUAUGUUGGGGCCUAUGUAUUCAUCACUUACGAUGACUACGAUCACUUCUUCGAGGACGUUUACACUCUGAUCCCUGCAGUCAUCAUCAUAGCAGUAGGCGCGCUGCUUUUCCUCAUUGGACUCAUCGGAUGCUGCGCGACAGUGAGAGAGAGCCACUGUGGACUUACCACGUUUGUCGUCAUUCUCCUGCUGGUUUUCAUGACGGAAGUGGCUGUGGUGGUUCUCGGAUACGUUUACAGAGCGAAGGUUGAAGAUGAAGUCAACACUUCUAUCAUGAAAGUUUAUGACGAGUACAAUGGCACGAACAGCAACGCCCAAAGCCGGGCCAUUGACUAUGUUCAGAGACAGCUUCAGUGCUGCGGCAUCCACAAUUUCUCAGACUGGCGGCACACACACUGGUAUAAAGAAUCGAAAAACAACAGCGUUCCCAUCAGUUGCUGCAAAAUUGCAGGUUGCACAGGGUCUCUUACUCAUCCUGAAGACCUCUACCAAGAAGGCUGUGAAGCGCUGGUCGUGAAGAAGCUACAGGAGAUUAUGAUGUAUGUCAUCUGGACUGCGCUGACGUUUGCUGCCAUCCAGAUGUUGGGGAUGCUGUGUGCCUGUGUCGUGCUGUGCCGCAGAAGCAGAGAUCCUGCCUACGAGCUUCUUAUCAGCGGGGGUACCAUAGCGUAAAAAGUGUAACGCUUUUCUCAAUUUUUCUGAAUAUGUAUCUUUGGUGAGAGGAUGCAAAACCUGUGAUCAUGCUUUAUCUUUAUACACUAAAAGUAAAUGUAUGUUAAAAUUAAUCCCCCCCGCUCCCCCCCCCCCAAAAAAAAAAC